AUAGCCUACCUUAUUUGGCCAUCUUAGAAGAAUUCGUAUCAGAAAAAACUUCUGAAACUUUUACCGCCGAAAGUGCCAUUGUUUGGCGCCAUACUACAGGAUUCAUUCAACCGCUACUCCAUAAAUUUGCAGUAAAGUUCUUGACUAUAUGGUUCUCGAGAUUUUGUAUGCCUAGCCCUCCAUAGCCAUUAGCCUACAUUUCUCCGUCUACAUUACUAUAGUAUACGACCUUUUAAACGAAUGAGUAAUUUGUUAAUUUAAUGGUAGGCUAAACAAAACAACUCAUAUUUUCUCUCCUUGGAGGUUGAUGUUUACAGUAACAGUAACCACUGGCGACGGAUAAAACAUGAGAUGAGUGUAGCUUACUCUUGGGAGAGACACGCCAGAGCGAAGGGAACUAUGUAUUUUUAUUUGAUUUAAAGAAAAAGAGACCAGACAUUACUCAAAAGCAUGCCAUUGUUAACAGAAGGUGAUAAUCAAGAGUAUUUCAUGAAGCAUCUCUGAGAGUAAUAAUGUCAGCUGAAAUCACCAUGGACAACAAUAGCCUGAGAACAUGGUCAGCAGGUGGAUCGUUUGAGCCAGAGGCAGACCUGGGCCAGGUACCACGACAGGAGCCACAUAACACUGGAACACAUGACAUGGAUAACCAGAGGACCCACCUGAACCCUCAUGCAGCUGAGCUGGGCUCUAGUCCCUUGUCUCCAUCCCAUUCACUGAGCCAUGAGGCUGUUCUUAGAGAAAACCCACAGGAGGCUGCCUCAGACAGUAACUCAUCACUACAAACUACACGACAGCUAAUGCUACAGAGAGCUCUCCAGCAGGGCCCAGGGCAACAGGAGCAGCUAGUUCAACAGCAGGUGGAGCAGCUACACAGAAUUGUACAGGAGCAGAGCAGACUCCUCUCCCUCAUGGGGCCAGGACUGCUGUUAUCCCCCUCUCUCUCUGCCCAGUGGCUGGGCCUGAUGCCUGCUCUGGCUGCUGGAGUGGAUACCUCUGGUCUCUCUGCCAACCCACAGAGGUCCAAUCAGAAAUCAAACGUUUAUGCUUCACCUCCCCCAGGAGAUGGAUGGCUGCCUAAGACGGGUCCUGUUCUGACACAUUCCCUCCAUGAGAGCACUCUUCCAAAUAAAGAUGGAAGAGAGCAGAGGAACCUCUCUCCUAUCAAAGAGGAAGCUGCAGAGCAGGGGGAAGACAAAGAAGACUGUACUGUCAGCCCAUUUGGGACACGUAGGCAGCCAUCCAGAAACCCAGAGGACAGACCCAUUAGGCCUGCUGUCAAAGAGAGAGAGAAAACAUUUCAGGAAUUUGUGGAGGAACAGCUGAAAGUUGAUGAAUAUGCACAGCAAAACAACAAGCAGGACAGCAGGGAGGCCAGGAGAGUCGCAGGGAGGAGAUACUUCCUGAAGAAAGGGGAGGGCGGGUCCAGGAUAGAGAGGGGUAAGGACAGUGUGCAGCAGAAGACCUGGCGAAGAGCCUCCCUCUCCCUCAGCCAGCAGCCCAGGAAGGUGAGUUGUGGCAGCCAGCAGAGACGCUCAUCAGCCCCCUCCCUGCAGCUCAGUGACAGGACCAGACCCAGGGUCAAGCCUUUACUGAUCUCCCAGAGGAGCUGCCCUGUUCUGACUGAGUCCUUGGAAAAAACAACAGGACCUGCCACACGAGAGAGAGACAACAGAGUUAAUCAAACGGCCAGACAGGAGAGGACACCAAAGCCCAGAGAAAAUACUCAAAGCAAGGCCACUGAAAACACUGCAUCUAGUGUUGAUACUAGAGAGAGGAGAGAUCUGUUGGGCAUUACAACAUCCCGUAAACGGCUUGUGAGAUCGCCGUGCUUGACCUCCGUGGAGCUCAGUGAUGAGGUGGUGUCACAGAAUCAUGUGUAUGCUGCUAUGAGGGACCUUGUCCAUAAACAACUUGAGGUGAAGGAGCCACAUUUGGCAUUGCAGCCUUUUGAUAGUACUACACAGGCAAACAACAUGGGCCAACCUAAGGUCAAAGCUCAGGCAGUAAAUGUUGGCUUCAAGACAGUCAACGACCACAUAGUUAGAGUCACUGACAAUGGGCCGGUCUCAUCAGGGACUGCGGAUGGGAAAAAUGUCACACACUCCAAUUUCACCAAUAUUUCAAAAUCUCAAAGCGGGUCUACAGCAGUGAUGUCUCUCCUAUCUCUGAGUAGUUCUAACAGUGACGAGGACGAGGACAACCCUAACUCUCAGUGCCACCAGCAGCCCACCCUCCCGUCUCCCCCACGGCUUGGACACAAGGACCAGAACCUGGACCUGUCCGAUGGUGACUACGCCAGCGAUGCCCCCAGCGAGGCUGGGGAUAGCCUGCCCUCCAGACCUUUUCCCACCCACGGACCCACUCUCCACCACCACCACCCAUCUAGCUCCUGCUCCAGCAGUGACAGUGACACAGAAAUCCGGGACAUAAACUGGCACAAGACAGAACCACGUCCAUUAUACCCACAGUCUGCAAGGAAAACAAGCACAGAGAGAGCCCUGCCACUGGGGAGUAGCAGGGGAACAGACAUAAAGUCAAAACGUCCCUCUGCAGAGCUCAAACCCAGCAUGGUCCCUGAAGUAACAUCUAGAACUAAAGAGACCGUGAAGAGCAGACAUCACCAGGGGUCCAAGCGAGCAAAUCAGACCGUGUCAAAGCCACACAGCGAUAAUCUAUUUGGAAUAAAAGCAGAAGAGAAUCGUGAUUUGUUGGACAAGAUGAAAACGGAACAAGAGAGAGCAAUGGAACUCCUCAGAAAGAGAAUGGACCAAAUAGAGUGCUGUGACAGAGAUGGCCACCACAGCAGUUAUGGAUCCCCAUUCACCCAUACAGAAGGCCAAGUGUUGAAGAAUCAACCGUUUUCUCCUAAACUAGACGUUGGUGAUGGUCAGGAUCUCAGGCAGCAGAUUCUAGCUCUUCAGGAGCAGUUCUCUAAGAGGGAGUCCCACUGGUCCCAGGCUCAUCAUCUGCUGCAGAACCAGGUGGAAGCCCUGACCAGAGAGAAUGUGGAGCUGCGUGACAAGCUCAGUGCUCCUGAACGCGGCCACCAAGUGGCAGGGAGGAGUCCUGACACAGUCACUGCAUCUCACAUAGGGGCAGAGAGCGCUGUGUCUGAGGAUAUUCAUAGAGCUACUAGUCAGAGGAUAAGGGAGAGGAGAUCUUCAAGUUUUUCCAGUCACAGUGGAAACCCAGCCAGAAGGUCAACAGUUGGCAGUUUUCCAGCUGCAGAGUCCAAGGUGCAGAUUCCUGAACAAAGAAAAUUAUCACAUAUGGUUUCUGAACCAGCUCCUUCAGUCGUCCACAGCAGAAGUGCUACUCCUGCAUUCAACAAACCACCUGUCCAAAAGAGUACAGCUUACAGUAAAAUGGACACACCUUAUCACAACUAUCCCACCAAUGCUCAAAGCACAAGGGAUUGGGGACCUGCCUCCUUAAGCCUUUCAUCAAAUUCAGUCAGUUUUGAGGACACCCAUCACACAAAUGACUGUCUCUUAAAGCAGCGUGAGAGCAACAGAGAUCAGGGUUUGGGUCGGUCAGUGGAAAAGGAGACGGAGGCGAAAGGUCGACAGAGCAGGAGCGCCACACCAGCAGUCAGCAAAUACUCCAGCUCAGAGUCAAAACACAGGGAACCACGUUUGAAUCCAGGAGCGAUGAGUGGUAACUCCACCCACACAACACACAAGGGCAUAAACAAUGACGUGUGUGAAGAAAUACACUAUCCAGAUGGUAAGAUAGAACAACUUCUCUCCAAUGGCUGGCGUGUAUUUACAUUCCGCAAUGGAACUAGAAAAGAGAUCACUGCUGACCAGAAGUCAGUAACUGUCACAUUCUUCAAUGGAGAUGUCAAACACAUACUGGCAGAUGGGAAAGUGGUGUACUACUAUGCUGAUGCACAGACAACUCACACCACAUACCCAACUGGUUUGGAGGUCCUGCAAUUUCCAAACAAGCAGAUAGAGAAACACCACCCUGAUGGAAAGAGGGAGAUCGUUUUCCCAGACCAGACGAUAAAGUACCUCUAUCCUGACGGCAGAGAGGAGAGCAUCUUCCCAGAUGGAACAGUGGUCAAGCUCUCAGAAAGUGGGGAGAAAACAGUGGAGUUCAACAAUGGCCAAAGAGAGAUCCAUACGUCCCAGUACAAGCGGAGGGAAUACCCUGAUGGAACAUUGAAGACGGUGUAUUCUAAUGGAAGGCAAGAGACCAAGUUCCCCUCGGGCAGAGUACGCAUUAAGGACAAGGAUGGCAUUAUCAUAAUAGACAAGAAAUGAAGAACAUAUGUUUAUGUUUUUCAAGCCUUUAUACCAAAUUAGCAAUGCUCCAUUGUGUUUGACUGUAGCUAUUUUCCUGUGGCAUAUUUUAUAAUUUUCAUAGGUGCUUGUGUGUAAACAGACAUUUUUAAAUUGUGUAUGUUUAUUAUUCAGAAAUCAUUGUACACUAAAUAAGUACUACUAAUCAAUACAAUACAUUUGUGUUGAAACUAUUUUGUAGAGAUCUUUGAAUGUCCAUACUGCUCUCUUGAAGGAAUAUAUUUCGUAUUUUUGCAUGGCAAUGUUAUAACCUUCUUGACCUCUUCAUUUGUGUCAGCAGGAUUCUUAUGUUGCACAGAAUUACAGAUUAUUCAUGAGGUCCCCACAUAUCCCUUGCCUCUAAAACAACAAGGCUGACAUGUAGGGUAGGGCUAAUAACUUACUGACCUGGUCCCAGUUUCCUGCUGAGGAGUAUUUCUGUCUGUAAUAAAGCCCUUUUGUGGGGAAAAACUCAUUCUGAUUGGCGACUGGCUCCCCAGUGGGUGGGACCCCUGCCCAGUCAUGUGAAAUCCAUAGAUUAGGGACUAAUGAAUUCAUUUAAACUGACUGAUUUCCUUAUAUGUAUGUAACUCAGUAAAAUCUUUGAAAUUGUUGCAUGUUGAUUUUGUAUUUUUGUUCAGUAUAGAUACAAAAAAACAUAAUUUGUAAUUGUGGACAAAUUACAAGGUUGCUUUUCCAUGUGUGUUGAUACUGUAUACUUUUGUGUUUGUACACAUUAAUGUUUAGGCUGUGCUAAUAAUAAAUUAUUCCAAAAGCUU